AUGAGUGGCACAUAUACACCAGGCACUGUUCCAACAGCACCAUAUGGAUGGAAUCAGCAAAUAAGUGUUUCACCAGCAAGUCCUUACACCCCACAACCCGAAUUUGUGAAGGCACCAUAUGAACUUAUUACCACUGUUGUUCCUGUUGGCCCCCAUAGUACCCGAAUGGUCUGCUCCUUUUGCCGAAAAGAGAUAACUACAAAAAUACAUAAAAAACCGAUUACAAAGGCUUAUAUAUCCAGUUUAUUGUGUUGUGUGUUUGGAUGUUUUUGGGGUCCUUGCUUAAUACCGUUUUGUAUGGAUCAAUGCUUAAAUGUUGAACAUAAAUGCCCUAAAUGUGAAGUUUAUUUAGGGCAGUAUAUACAAUAG